AUGGGAUUAACCCCAAAUCGUGUGUUAGAUAUGAAAGCUGAGAAAAGUGGUUUGGUUCAUACGUACCUGAUUACUGAUACAAAACCAGGUAUACCUUUUGCUUGUAUCGUAUCUUUUGCAUCAUUGGAGGAUCAACAGUCAUUUUCUGGAUUGCGAAUUGGAGAUGGAGCUCAUGUUACACUUCAAAUUCUGACGUUUUUCGACAAGGUGGAGAAACAACAAAUAAGAAUCCCACUUCCAGAUGUACGAAAAUGCUGUCUUCGAUUUGUUGUCCCGUAUAAAGGAGGCAAAAACCCAUUUCGGCAAUCGGCAAUGUGCUUUUGUAAGCCGAAAGAUAGGAGGACAUCAAAAUGGCGUUACGUGCCAGUUUUGCUUUCUUCACCUAAUCUGAUAGUGCAAUAUCGUCGUCAUGCCAUGGCACAAGUCAUAUCUCUAAUAUUAGCCCUGUUUUGUCUUAGGCUUGGGUCAUUUCUUGCCUCCGUAAGAGACUAG